AUGCUGAAAGGAAUCUUGGACCCAGGUGGAUACCACUACCACUCGGAUACGUCGCAUAAUGUUGCCCAGAUUCUCACGAUAAUCGUUUUGGUAUGCACUGGUCUUUACGUACUAUUCAAUAUAUAUCGUCAUCCUCUAGCAAUUUAUCCUGGGCCUAAUAUUGCCCGAUUUACUCGCCUUUGGCAUGCCGUGCAUUUGGUUCGAGGUACAUUGCUGGAGGAGUUGCAUAAAGCCCACAACAAAUAUGGACCCGUGGUCCGCAUUGCACCAGAUGAACUGUCAUAUAUCUGCCCCGAAGCAUGGGAUGACAUAUAUGAGAAUAAAGUCCGCCCGGAGAUGACCCGAGACCCUAGGUUCUUCCAAGAGGCUGGCGCGCAAGGCCAAUCACUUCUGACAGUCACACACGAGCACCACCGUGCUAUGCGCAAAAAGCUGGCGCAUGGAUUUUCAAUGAAGUCUCUGCAGGAUACAGAAGAGCUUCGUAUAUCUCAUGUGGAUCUCCUCAUGCAACGACUUGUUGAGAAUUCUCAAGGUGGGAGUGUAUUGGAUCUAGUAAAGUGGUUUACGUUCUUUGCUUAUGACGUCCAAAGUGAUUUGGCAUUUGGUGAAUCUUUGGGGUGCUUGAAAACCUCAAGCUUUCACCCCUGGGUGCAAAUAUUGAACGAGUUUGACAAGCUUGAUCCCCUUUUCAGAGCGAUUACUUAUUUUCCAUGGACAAGACGAUUCACGCAGUACCUCACACCGCGAUAUGUGGUAGAGAUGGAGGAAAAGCUCACCGCGACAUCUGUAGAAAAGGCUAAAGGACGAAUGGUCCGACCGGCUGGCCGCUCUGACUUUUUAGAACACGUUGUGCAAACAGACUCUAUGAGCGAGGCGGAUGUCUGUGCAAAUGCUGUCGCCUUGAUAGGAGCUGGAAGCGACACUACAGCAACAUUGAUCAGUGGCACGAUCUAUUACCUACUUCAAAAUCCAAAAAUCUUGCAAAAGCUGACUUGUGAUCUUCGCGGAAGAUUUAAGACUGAGAACGACCUGGAUCAGUCCUCUGUGGAUAAGAAUGAGCUUCUGCAAGCCUGUGUCCAGGAAACACUUCGGAUUUAUCCACCAGCUGCGGUGGGCUUUACUCGAGUUGUCCCUAGCCCUGGUGCAACAAUUGCAGGGAAGUUCGUUCCAGGAGGGGUACGUUACGCUGAUUAUGCCUCUUUAUUCCGGUAG